AACCGCAUAUUCAAGUAUAAAUACAGAGCAACGCCUAUAGAAAUCGUACAACUCGAAGCCACAAACUUUAUAGACGAAACAAAAAAUGUUAGAUUUUUAUUGGACAUUCCCUGUUAUAGUUUCACUCAUAGUAGGAGUAGUAAAACUGUGCCACUGGAUAUACCGUUGGAAAACCCCUACAUGCAAAGGCAAACUUCCUCCGGGCACAAUGGGGUUUCCGAUCAUCGGAGAGACGUUUGAAUUCAUGACGCCUUAUGAUUUCCAUUUAGUGAUUUCACCGUUUCUAAAGAAGAAAAUAUCCAGGUAUGGUUCAAAAAUGUUCAGUACAAGUCUAUUUGGGGCCAAGGUGAUAAUCUCGAUCGAUCCUGAAGUGAAUAUGGAGAUGGCAAAGGCCAAUUCACAGUUGGGCGCGACGGAGAGCUUAAGGCGGCUCUUUGGAGAGAACAGCGACUUCUUCCAGAGGAAAGAUAUUCAUAAAUAUGUCAGAAACUUGACUUCUAGAUUUGUCGGGCCAGAAAAUUUGAAAAACAGAUUGAUUCAAGACAUUGAUUGUUUGACACGCAACUACUUUGAGAUUGAGAAUGGAGCUAUGAGCACUUCUUUCGACGUAAAAGAAGCAGCAACCCAGAUGGUGGUUGAUCUAAUUGUAAAGAAAGUAAUUGGAGGAAUGGAAUCUGAGGCCGUAAAAGAACUAGGACUAUGUUGGACUGCUUUUCGACCUAAUUGGUUUAACUUCUCAUACAACUUCCCUGGGACAACUGUUUAUCGAUUCGUGAUGGCACGGAAGAGGGCGGCAAAGCUUCUAAAGGGCUUGAUUCAAAAGAAGAAAGAAUCAAAACAAGGACUCGGAGACUUCUUGGAUAUUCUAUUCGAUGAAAUGGAGAAAGAUGGGGCGGUUCUGGACAUAGACAGAGCUGUCAACCUGAUAUUCACCUUUUUCAUACUCUCCCAGGAGACGACUCCCGCAAUUGUAGCAGCAACGGUGAAGCUCGUGGCUGACAAUCCUGAUGUCAUGGAAGAACUAAAGAGAGAACACGAGGCGGUGGUUCAAAACCGGGUUGAUAAGGAGGCAGGAAUAACAUGGGAGGAAUACAAGUCCAUGACUUUCACUCACAUGGUUAUCAAAGAGUCGCUUCGGUUUACUAGUGCACAGCCUACAGUGCACAGAAUACCCACUGAGGACGUUCAGAUUGGAGGUUUCCUGUCCCUAAGGCCGGCUCUGCCAGCUGGUUGGCUAUUCUUUGGCAUUCCUCUAGUUCAUUUCGAUGAAAAAAAGUAUGAUGAUCCACUCAAGUUUAAUCCAUGGAGAUGGAAGGGCCAAGAUUUACAUGGUAUUUUAUCCAAGGAUUACAUGCCUUUUGGAGCUGGCUCAACGCUUUGCGUAGGGUCUGAGUUUGCGAAGUUCAUUAUCGCAAUCUUUCUCCAUCAUUUGUCCAGAUUCAGGUGGUCGUUGGACCCAAAAACUAGAGUUCUUCGAAGGUAUAUGCUAAUGUUUCCCACUGGCUGCAAGGUCGAGAUCACGAAGGAACACGAAGGAACCAAGUGA